GUGAUGAGUUGAAUAUUACUAUUGAUGUGGAAGACCAAAAACCUGCUGAAUCCAAUAAUCAGACAACAACUUCCAUCGUGGAGUCUGAAAAAUACCAAAUGGAUGAGCUCCAAAAGUCAUCUGCUGCACCAGAAAUGCAGAGAAGUGUGUCUUAUCCAGACACAGAAUCUCUCCAAGCACUUAGAGAGAAAUUCUUUUUAUUAGCUGGGAAUAACUAUCUUGAGACUACACCACCACGGAGCAAGGAAGAGCGAGAUGAGUUCAUGGACUUCAUGCAAGACCUGAGAGUUCUCAUAAAGGGUGCUAGACAAGGAAGUCUGGUGAUAACAGUGCAGUGUAAAUCUCUCCAGAUCUUGGAGGAAUUGUGGAGAGAAUAUUUAUCUGGUCACUUGGGUGAAGUGGUUCAAAUUUGUUUCGUCAUGGAAACGAUCUUGAAGGAACUGAACCUGGGAGAGCUGACGCUGAAAACAACAAUGGAUAUAGAAGAGUACAAUGCAUGCAAAGUGUACUUUGAGAGAAUUGCACUCAGAGACGUUUUGUCAGCUCAGUCAUGCUCCACAGGUACUGAAGAUGAAGCACAGAUAGAAAGAUGGAAACAGAACACAGAGGUUGUGGAGUCAGAGAAAGUGAAAAGUAGUUCACCCAUUCUUGAAAUGUCCACCACUGGUCAUGAUAAAGAAGGAAAAGAACCGCAAGAAGCUAUGAAAGGUGCUUUAUCCUAUGAAUUCCACAGCAUAAUUUCAACCAGUGAAAGUUUACAGAAACAAGAAGAGCUGAAAAAAUGGCAACAGAAGACAAAGGUUGUUGAGACAGAGAAAAUGAAAGGUACUCCACCCCUCACUGUAAUAAGCACCACUGGAAAAAGAAAAGAACUAAAAGAACCUACAGGAAAGAAAGGUACUUCACUCUCCGCCAAACUGUCCACUGCUGGUCACGGAAAAGAACUGGAAGGAAAACUGAAAACUCUGAAACUUCAGAAAGAGAAACGCACCUGGCCUGUCCAUGAAUUUUCUGCCUCUGAAUUUUCUGAUUCUGAGAAAGAAUUAGCAAAGCUACGUUGGAAACUUCAAGCAAUGGAAGCUACUAUGUAUCAAACCAUGAGAUCAGGACUGGCGAAGUUUGAUGUCAGUUUACCCGAGGAACUCCAGAGCUAUGUCAGCUACUUAUUAAAUGAGUCAGCCAAACUUGGCUUACGCAAGCGAG